CAUACGAAAGCCAAUUGAAGUCAAAAAAACCAAAACAUUCGCGAAGAAAAUCCUGACGCACUGCAAAAGACAAAAACCCACAAAAUCUUUGACAAAUUUUGAAUCGAAGCUAUUUGGAGGCCUCCAUAAAAAGAGCUUUUGCCGCUGUACUUCACCUUUAGCAUAGGAAUGCAAAUAUUUUUUAGACGAAAAACACUUUAGAAAUAAUGGCUGGACUCCAACCGAUUAUAAAUGAAUUCUUCGAAGUUCCCAUCGUUACGAGGUUCUACAUUUCCAGUUGUGUCCUGACAACGUUAGCUGUGCAACUGGAUAUCAUUACGCCGUUCCAGCUGUACUUUAAUCCGACGCUAAUUAUUUAUCAGUAUCAGAUAUGGCGUUUAUUCACGACUUUCCUGUUCUUCGGCACCAUGGGCUUCAGCUUCUUCUUCAACAUGAUUUUCGCCUACAAAUAUUGUCGGAUGCUCGAAGAGGGCAGUUUUCGGGGACGCAGCAGCGAUUUUGUGAUGUUGUUCGUGUUUGGCGGCACAAUUAUGGUCAUUUUUGCGUUUUACGGCAAACAAUUGUUCCUCGGACAGGCAUUUACGAUAAUGCUCGUUUAUGUGUGGUCGCGUCGAAACCCAUUUGUUCGCAUGAAUUUGUUUGGCGUGAUGAAUUUUCCGGCGCCGUAUUUGCCGUGGGUGUUGCUGGGCUUCUCCGUUAUCCUCGGAAAUACCAUUUGGAUUGACUUGAUGGGCAUGGCUGUUGGACAUAUUUAUUACUUCCUCGAAGAUGUGUUCCCGAAUCAACGUGGUGGCUUCAAAAUGCUCAAGACACCGAGAUUUUUACAAACCCUGUUCGAUGAACCAACGGAAUAUACGCCACUUAAUUUCGAAAUUGGCGAUGACAGACCCGGCGGGUUUAAUUUCCAGCCCAAUCAAGGCGAGAACGCACAAGAAAAUGCCGCAAAUAACCAACCAAAUAACAACAACAACAACAAUAAUCAACAAGCGCAAGAAAUUCUAUAGUCCAAGUGUUUUUUUAGAAGAUAAUUGUUGAACAAUUUAAUUAUUAAAAAUAAAAAAUGAACGAAAAGACCGACUUUGCUUUCCAAAAAAAUUACUUAUAAAAAAAUCUGUAUAUAAAAAAAUAAUUUAUGAAUAAAAUUUAAUAAAAACGGAU